ACCUCUCACAAAACUCAAGACAACUUUCACACAAAAAUCUCGACUUCAUAGCAGCCAUGUCAGACGACACCAGCUUCUCGUCAUGCGAUCAGUCGAACGAUUGCCCACCCUCUUACAACACGCUUGAAAACCUGCCAUAUAAUGCAUCAGACAGUUUCUGCAACACCGCUUCUGAACCAACACCACACAACCCAUCCGAUCACAUCCUCUCCCCUCUACCCGCUUGUUUCCCCGACGUCCACCAAUCAACGAACCACUUCUCCACCCCCAGCGACCCAAACUACGACAUCGAAGCCGCAUCGCACAUAAUAAGCGCUUCCAACACUACGAACCUCGCUCUCUCCGCGCUGCACUCAAAUGCCACAGAAUUCGAACGUUCAAAACAUAUCUCAGCAGCUGAAGCCCUGCACGAUACGCGCACUACACCCACGACGUCGAGGCAGAGAAGGAAGCCUUCGGCACGGGGCAAAUGCUUGACUAUUCUCAUCAUGAUCUUGGUAAUCAUCAUUAUCGGUUUGGCUAUACUCUAUUUUGAGGCUGAAAAGCGCCGGAAAGAUGGGGAGGGUCAAGGAGGUAAUGCGGGUGGAAGACUGAGGGAUGACUGGGAUGACGGGAACGACUCAAAUGACUGGAAUGCCUCGAUCAACCCAGUUGGAGGGCUAAGGAGGGGAACUUGGGGAGUUUGAGAGGUAGGAUGAAUGGCGAGUUGCUCUGGUGGCUGUGGGGUAGGAGGGGGAGAUGCUGGACGCUUAUUCCGUGAUCUGCCUGAGUAGACAGACUGAUUUCGAUGAUGAUGGGUAGCAGAUCGCGACAUCAAUCGUAACAUCGUCAUUUUCUUGACCUUUACGCGUACCCCAUUUAUUUCGAUACCGCGCACACAACAUACUUACAUAGUG